GAAUGUUGUUGGAUUUGUGGUAUGAGCAGAGGCGGGGGCGCACCUGGGGAAUUACAAGAGCAAGCAACUGUGCGCCGCUGGUUUUAAAGGAGCUUGUCCCUGCUAAUGACAUGCAUUGACUUUCAGCUGUGGAAUCAGGCAGAAAAUGUACACGACGGAGCGCAGGCGAAUGAGCCUGCGUGAACUGAAGAGGAAAGAUCCGGUGUGGGUGUCAGCUGGAAGUUUGUGGCAGGACUCUUUGGCAAUAGAGCUGAGCGUCAGCGGCUCGGCCAAUAAACAGGUCGUGUCUCCACGGAGUCGGACCAGAGCGGUGUCUGUGGCAUACAUCGUCAAUGAGGACGCGUCGGUUCCGCAGACCGAGGAGAACCUGUCACUGAAAUGUCUGAAGGAAGCGUGCGCGGACGCACACGCCGUUUUCACAACUAUUUCAUUUGAAAGAAUAUCCCUGGGCACCACAGACAUUCUGGAUAGUUUCUACAAUGCAGAUGUGGCGGUGGUUGAGAUGAGCGACUCAUUCUGCCAGCCUUCCCUUUUCUACCACCUUGGAGUGAGAGAAAGUUUCAGCAUGACCAAUAACAUAAUCCUGUAUUGUUACAAGCAAGAUAGUGAUCUACAGGCCGUCAAGGAGCAGUGUGGAAGUUACACAUUCAUCCCUUACAUGGUGUCACCUCAGGGCAAAGUGUUUGCCUGCGAUGCUACAAUGAUGACUGGCAUCACAGAGCUGAUGCAGCCUAGUUUCCAGCUGGAGCCCCUGCUGACCCCACUGGUGGAGAGGCUGGUGCAUUUGCUGAACAAUAUACACGUUCAAUCCAGCGAGUACUUCAGGGAGUCGAUCAGGCAUGAGAUUCGUACGGCACGGGAGCGGUUCAGCGGCCAAGACCUGAGCGAGGAGUUGAGCCACAUUCAGAAACGCCUUGACAGUGUAGAGCUGCUCACUCCUGAUAUAGUCAUGAACCUGUUGUUGUGCUACAGGGACAUUCAGGAUUAUGAUUCCAUAAUCAAACUGGUGGAGACUCUGAACAACCUGCCCAUGUGUGUGGUAGCACGACAUCAGAACAUCAAGUUUCAUUAUAUAUUUGCUCUGAACAGGAGGAAUUGCCCUGGAGAUCGCGCUAAGGCUUUGGAGUUGAUUCUGCCCAUUGUGGAGUCAGGGGACAAGGUGGCAUCAGACAUCUACUGCCUGUGUGGACGGAUCUACAAAGACAUGUUCAUGAGCUCUGGGUUCACUGAUCAGCGCAGCAGAGACCAGGCCUGCUAUUGGUAUGGAAAAGCUUUUGAGACAGAGCCAACUCUUCACUCGGCCAUCAACAACGUGGUCCUCCUGAUGGCAGCUGGACAUGAAUUUGAAACUUCCAUUGAGCUGCGGAAAAUAGGUGUGACUCUGAGCACCCUGCUGGGUAGAAAGGGCAGUUUAGAGAAGAUGAAGGCCUACUGGGACGUCGGCUUCUACCUUGGAGCAAACAUCCUCGCGAACGAACACAGGAAAGUCAUCGAGGCCUCUGAGAAACUGUACCGACUCAAGGCUCCUGUCUGGUAUGUUGCAUCUAUUAUGGAAACUUUCAUCCUGUACCGACAGUUUGCCAAGCUCCCUGAGGUGAGAUCUCCUAAACAGGACACUGUGGACUUCUGGAUGGAGCUGCUUAUGCAGACUUGUAGACCCACUGUCUCCACACACCGCUGCCCAGUGCUUAUUCUGGAACCCAGUAAAGUCUUCCAACCAGCUAUUGUGUGUGUUAGCGAGGAGGACGAAAGUCGCACUGUCCAGUUGAAACAUGUCACACCUUUGAAGAAAGGUUUACACCAGUGGACUUUCCCGGCCUCUGCAAUUCGGGGAGUGAGUGCCUCAAAGAUUGAUGAACGGAGCUGCUUCCUGUAUGUCCAUUACAACUCAGAUGACUUCCAGCUCUGCUUCCCCUCUGAGCUUCACUGUGAAGGUUUCUGCGAGCUGGUGAACUCUCUGCUCCAACAGGCUGAGGACUCUGCUCAGGACCUGGCCCAUGUAACUGAGGGGAUACUGGAGUUCAUCUAUGAGACCAAUGAAAACGGCGACAAGGUGAUUCUGGGUAAAGGGACGUAUGGCGUGGUGUACGCCGGGAGGGACCUGAGCAACCAAGUACGCAUCGCCAUCAAGGAAAUCCCCGAGAAGGACAGCACGUACUCUCAGCCUCUCCAUGAGGAGAUAGCUCUGCACAAGAGGCUAAAACACAGAAAUAUUGUGCAGUACCUGGGCUCUAUCAGUGAGGAUGGUUUCAUCAAGAUCUUCAUGGAGGAAGUACCUGGAGGAAGUUUGUCUUCCCUCCUGCGCUCUAAAUGGGGUCCUCUGAAAGACAACGAAGCCACCAUCAUCUUCUACACCAAACAGAUCCUCGAGGGCCUCAAAUACCUUCAUGACAAUCAGAUAGUCCACAGGGACAUUAAGGGUGACAAUGUACUGAUCAACACCUACAGCGGAGUCUUGAAGAUCUCUGACUUUGGAACAUCCAAACGAUUGGCAGGGAUCAACCCCUGUACCGAGACAUUUACUGGAACUCUCCAGUACAUGGCCCCAGAGAUUAUAGACCAAGGACCUCGGGGUUAUGGGAAGCCAGCUGAUAUCUGGUCUCUGGGGUGCACUAUUAUAGAAAUGGCAACCGGAAAAACGCCCUUCCAUGAGCUGGGAAGUCCUCAGGCAGCUAUGUUCAAGGUGGGCAUGUUUAAGAUCCACCCCAAGGUUCCAGAGUGCAUGUCAGACGCAGCAAAGGACUUCAUCAUGAACUGUUUCACGCCGAACCCAGACAACAGAGCCACAGCUACACAGCUGCUGAUGAACACCUUCCUCAGGUCAUCCCCCAGGAAGAAGGCCAAGGUUCUGCAGCAACCAGAACCUGAAGACCCCCUUUCUGCUGCUGACUAUCAGCGCAGCUUGUCUGUACCCGUCUCCAUCCUCGUGGAGGACACUGAUUCAUACUCGGACUCAAUCGACCUGUCCUGCUCACUGGACCUCAGGAGGCAACAGGCCACCUGCAGAGCAAAUGAAAUCUCAGAGAGCCCACCCAGCACCAGCUUCCUGCCCAUACCAGGGGAUUCUCCAUCAGACAUGGCCAGUCCUGCCUCAACAGAAGAGAGUAUUGGUCUUUUUAUGCUGAGAAAGGACAGUGAAAGGAGAGCCACACUGCACCGAGUCCUAACUGACUACAUCAAUCUUGUCGUCUUUAAUAUUCAGGAAUCUGUACCUCAGCAUGGUGAGGAACCAGCGAUAACUGCAGACCACAUCACUGAGCUUAUUGGCUGCUUACGAGACAAUAUCCGCUCCCCGGACAGGAAGCAGCUGACCAGUAGCCUGCUGGACCUCAGAGCCAAACUGCUUAAUGUCGCAAUACCACUGAACAGCCUGCAGGUGGUGCUGUUCAGCUUCCAAGAUGCAGUGAAGAAGGUUUUGAGGCAACAGCAAGUGAAACCUCACUGGAUGUUUGCUCUGGACAAUCUGCUAAGGCAGGCAGUACAGGAUGCCAUCACUGUGCUUCUACCAGAGCUGAAACUGCAGCUGCAGUCCUCGUUUGAGAUUGAGGACAGCAUUCCUGAGGAGCAGUGUGCCAGCCCAGACACUCCUGUCGUUCCAGUUCCUGACCAGCGGGUGGCAGACACACAGCAGACAUCAUUCAUGAAUGGGAUCUUGCCGACUGUCAGCCCCAACUCCCCUACAGACCUCAUCCUCAAUACCAACUGUCCACUCAGUGAGAAACUGAGAGACCUACGACUAGAGACCAGAGGACUGCUGAAUGAGCUGAGUGAGAAGGAGAGAGAGUACCAGGAGCUACUGAGGAACUCUGUCCACAGGAAACAAGAACAGAUAAAUGCAUUGAGGAAAGCAGCGGAUGAGGAUGGUGGAUUAGCUUCACAGAACAGCUCUAAUCCAGAAGUGAAGGCUUUGGUGCACUGGCUCAAGUCCGUCCCUGUAGAUCAAGAUACUAUUAAUAAGUUACUCUCUCAUGAGUUCACCUUGGACUGUCUCCUCCACAUGGCCUCCAGGGAUGACCUGAUGUACUGUGGAAUAAGAGGUGGCAUGCUGUGUCGAAUCUGGGCGGCCAUCACAGCUCGCAGGAAAACCCAGCUCAGCACGCACAACGAGGACAGCGAGGACACUCUUCUUUAAUGGCUGCUGAUGUUGUACAUCAAAGGACAGAUUUAUCAACAGGCUGGUCCUGUGUCGUCUAGAUGGCGUGAGGCAGCGGCGAACAUAACUGACUGUGCACGGAACUGAUAUAUAACUCCAUUUUCAAAAGAGUCGAGACGCUGUAUAAAACUAAGAAGGAAUGUGUUAAUUAAUUAAUGUUAAUUAAUCCUUUCAAACAGAGGCAACAAGACUGGGAAAGCUGUGGAAUGCUCGAAAAGGGAUACAGGUUAAUUGUUAACAAGUGAUAGUAUCUUGCUCGGGUAUGAAAGGCUCAGUUGUUCACAAGCACGGAUGGGACGACACUUUGUGAAACAUGACAUGGAGGACUUUACUACAUCAAAAACGUUUCGUAAAACUGUCAAGAAGUUUGUUUCAAAUGAUUGCACUUUGUUCUUAUUUACAUUUUACACAGUGAACCAACUUUUUUGCGUUUGGAGUUUUAAAGCGGGAUAAAUUUUGGUUACGUUGGCUGUGAAUGUACUGUUUUAAAAUAUUUUAACAGCUUUUUCCAGUUUUUUGUGCAUGUAAGUUAGAAUGUAAAAGUCAUUUUACAUUUGCUCAGGGCUUUGGCAAAUGGGAUUGUUAUGCCUUUGUAAAAACUGCCUAGCGGGGUAGUGAUUUGUCUGGAAGCAAACAUAUUUAAUGCUGUUUUACUGGUGCCUUCUGAUGACGCUGUUUUACUGUGUCUUACAGAAAACUUAGCAGGACCUAAGUUAUUAAGUAACAAUAUGUAAGAAUCUGCACCUACAUUUUCAAAGUGCAAUUCCUUCUCUCGCCAAUGACUAAAACCAGUCAGAUUUACUCUUGUCUUGCCUCUUGCUUUGUCACUCUGUACUUCACUGAGAAUCCCAGAACAGCCAGCUUCUUCUCACUUCAAGACCCAUAGCUGGUGGUGUCGGACUUCCAAUUCAAAUGCAGAUGUUUAGGGUGCAGACUGGGAAUGAAAGAGCCACUAUUUUCCCCAUUAAAAAUCAGUACUAUCACAAUGAUUUUAUGAUAACGAUAAUGUUGCUUCAAGGGCAUAUUUUAUUUAAGACUGUAUUGAAGAUGAAUGUCUUGACAUUCAACAUUGAGUUUCUUUUGUAUUGAAUAGCCUAUUUUGUUGAAAUUCUCUUAGAUAAUAAACAAGAACCUUAAACUGUCA